UGUUUUCUAGGAGCAGAAGGCAAUCAGAACCAAGACAGAGACUGACACAAGUUCUUUAGCAGAGACUGUUUUAUAAAAACAGUUAGGAAACUUAAACUACGAAGAUGAGCAUGAGGCUGAAAUCCACCACGAGCUCUUCAGCAGCUCAUCCGCGCACGAAGACCUCCGCUGUCACGGCGCUGCUCUGCUAUCUUUGCGAGCAUGACUUGUUCCUCGGAACGGACGCGGUGGAGGUGCUGGUGACCAAGAAAAAUCACAAGAAAGCGACCGUCGUGAAGAAAAUGCCUGCUGAUGAUGAAUGUUGAUGGCGAUGUCGUGAAAACGCCCUCGUCCUCCGCGCUCGAACGCAAGGAGGAAAAUGUUAAAGCAGGGAAGAAUGAACAAGAUCUUAAAAACAACAACGCUCCUCUCAUCUUCGACACGGCGGGCCGGUACAAUGCCACUGCUUCAACUACACCUGGAGAUGAGAAUCAUGGCUCUGGGCAUCCGCAUCAAGAGCAUGAAGAUGACCUCGGAAGCUCCGGGUCGUUUGUCCAGCAAGGCUAUUUUGUCCCGCUGGGCUCGGAACGCUUUGCGGCAAUAUGAAAGUGCACGAGUCGACGACGUCCCUCUCUCUCGUUUCUUGUCAUGCAGAAUUCCGAAUCCUAAUCCAUUCCUACCUGGGCACUAGCUUUGGCUGUGUUUGCAUGACACUUACUGUAAUAAGCCCAAACUGUAUGCAAGAAAAAAACUGUGUAAGUGUAAGUCUGUGAUGCAGAAAAUGCAAAACAGUUACGCUUGUCAUGCUCUACAUGCAUGAUAGGCUCGCUUCCUACGUGUUUUCCCGUCCUAUCUGCGCAUGACAAGUUUUUCCUGUCAUGGCAGACGAACUUGUGAUGCUGUUUUCCCAAAAGACCUACACUAACACAGUUUUUUUCUUGGAUAAACUGCACUGCUUUCCUGGACUACUAGGUUUGUCGCACAAAAGCCUCACUUUGCAUAUGGCCCCCUCAAAACGUAAGUUCUCAACUCGUAAGUGCGCUACCCAUAUUUUUUGCAAACCCGCUGCCCCAUUUUUUUUAUUUGUGAGGAGCAGUAGGGCCCGACGCACGUUGACCCGAGCGCGGCAAGCUUACGAAGAACAUGCGCUGGACCGCAGCGGCGGGAAGCUUGCACUGCCAUGCUUCGCCGCAACAUCUAAAGACGGCCACUGGGCCGGGCAUAACGUCACGCGCGAGGGUAUGGAGCACAUGGGAAAUCAUCAAAAAGCUGCGGGCGCUUGAUGCCUUCGCACAUCCUCCCGGCCGGUCGCAGGGCGCGCGCCACAGCCUUCAGACAUGACUUAUUUUGCGCCCGUCAUCUCUGACACCAUCAGGCAGGUUUCGCCGCGAUUCUCUUGCGCCGCCCCGCCCUCCGUCAGCCUAUCCUCUUGCGCCGUCCUCCGCCCACCCCAGGGGGGGGUCGGUCCGUCAGCCUGGGGCGCCCCUCUCCCAUUCUUCAGUGCCCCGGUCCGCCCGGCGUCUUUUUUCUUGCAUCGGCACCCCGGCCCACCCCCGCUCGUUGCUUCCUCUCGAAAAUACCGGCACAGGCUGGGCCGCCCGCAUGCGCAUCGCGGCCCGGGCGCAACCGGCCCGGCGAAAAUGCGCGUGAGGCUUGCCGCCACCCAGUCGGGACGAUGGCCGCCCCAAUGCUGCCCGGGCCUUUCCUGGACUACUAGGUUUGUCGCACAAAAGCCUCACUUUGCAGGCUGUUUGUGAUGCUUCUAGACAUGCCAUACAAACGAGGGCGGGAGGCGGAGGGACUUGUGCACUCGCAUAUUAGAACGGUAACAGCUGCGGCGGUGGUGCCGGAUGUGGGGAUCAAAAGGACUCGGAACAAGGUAUGGCGUUCUCAAAUGUUACAUUCUCAGCUGUUGCAUGUAUUUGUCAUGCAAAAUGAGCACCAACGUCCACACAGUGAAGCUGCCUCGCAUGACAAAUUUUGGAAGGGCUAAACAGCACUGGAAUCCGUGCCGAAUUUGUAAUGUAAGAGUUGCAAGAUCCGGUCUUUCCCUGUUGCCAUUCUUGCAUCACCAAUUCAUGUAACAAUAGAGAAUGUAACACUUGAGAACGCCAUGCAAGGAGCCGCACCUGCCCCUGCGGGCGGAGAAGGCGGGGCCGGAGGUUCCUUUGCCCCCCUGGCAGUGUCGAGCGAAGGUGUGGCAUAUCCCGCGGAAAAACGUACUCACCCUAGAGUUAUCAUGGAAAUCUAGUGCAUGUUGCGCAGGUGCAAAUGGGUACUACAUGUUUAUACAAUAUAAGUAAAUGUCUCUUCAUGCGGAGGCCUAUGAGGAGUAUGAUUCGCUAUGAUAAGUAUAAAGGAAUUUGUCCUGCUCGAGUCUUCAGCGCACGAGAGUGACGCGGCUGCACUAGACUGAAUUGGGACUACAGUUAUCAGACGCUGAGUUGUCAUGCGGGACCACCUAAGCUUCUGUGUUUGUCUAGCAGAUUUCUAUUUUGGCCGUGGGGUGAACGCAUUUUCACUCAGGAUACGCGGGCAGAAAGAAUCAUGCGCGUUUAUGAUGGCGAUUGCCAUGCCGUCGACGGCCGUUACUACGCCAAACCGAACGGAUAAGAUACGAUAGUAAAGCGGGGAAGGAUGAACAAGAUCUUAAAAACAACAACGCUCCUCUCAUCUUCGACACGGCGGGCCGGUACAAUGCCACUGCUUCAACUACACCUGGAGAUCAUGAAGAUCAUGAUUCUGGGCAGCAGCAGCAGGAAGAUGAAAUCGGCUCCGGUUCGUUUGUCCAGCAACGCUAUUUUGUCCCGCUGGGUUCGGAACGCUUUGCGUCAAUAUGAAAGUGCACGAGUCGACGACGCCCGUCUCUCUCGUUUCUUGUUAUGCAGAAUUCCGAAUCCUAUUCCUAAUCCAUUCCUACCUGGGCACUAACACUAAGUAGCUUCGGCCGUGUUUUCAUGACGCUUACGGUAUUAAGCUCAAACUGCACUGCUGUCCUGGCCUACUAGGUUUGUCGCACAAAGAAAAGCCUCACAACUCUGCAGGCUGUUUGUGAUGCUAGACAUGCAAUACAAACGAGGGCGGGGAGGGACUUGUGCACUCGCAUAUUAGAACGGUAACAGCUGCGGCGGUGGUGCCGGAUGUGGGGAUCAAAACGACCAGGAACAAGGAGCCGCGCCUGCCCCUGCGGGCGGAGAAGGUGGGGCCGGAGGUUCCUUUGCCCCCCUGGCAGUGUCGAGCGAAGGUGUGGCAUAUCCCGCGGAAAAACGUACUCACCCUAGAAUUAUCAUGGAAAUCUAGUGCAUGCUGCCGCUGCGCAGGUGCAAAUGGCUACUACAUGUGUCUCUUCAUGCGGAGGCCGCUGAGGAGUAUGAUCCGCUAUGAUAAGUAUGAAGGAAUAAUUUCUUCUGCUCGAAUCUUCAGCGCACGAGAGUGACGCGGCUGCACUAGACUUAAUUUUAAGGGUUGAAAAAAUUAAGGUUUACAUCAGGGUUUUGGUUCGUGGUUUCAUAGAUUUCGCAGCCCCCGCCUUUGUCCCUCUUCGCACCGCCCGGCAGUUGUCCAGGUGGUGCCUUGGUUCGUAUUUCGUCUGGCUGGCAAAACCAAAGCCGCCGGGCCUUCAGAGCUGAAGGCCCUUCUACCUUGAUGCCGAUCCAGAUUUUGUGCGAGGUGUCGCCACAAUUCUGACGAGCGCACGCUGGCUGAUUUGGGGGUCAGCAUUUCCCUCGAGAUCUAGGCUGGCAUCUACGCCAGGCAAGCCGCCUCGCCUCGCGCGUUACUUGGUACGCGGAGCAGGCUGCCCGGCUUUUCUGCCUCCGGAUCUCGUUCCGCAAUCUUGCGGGACAACGUUCGGAGGCAGAGGUAGAUCACCAUCCUGGCCAGCCAAAGAGAUGCUUGCCCCUGUGAUGGCUGCCGCCAAAGCGGCAGGGUUUUGGUCAGGGUUUUGCUCCGAAAAGGCUCACCGCAAUCGAAGCAAAAACUUAUUUUUUUCGGGAGCUUCCCCCGAGCUAAUAAAAUAAGUUUUUGCUUUCGCUUUGCCCUCCUUUUUGUGGCUGAAAGUGUGGAGCUGUUCUGGGCCGGUAUGUUCGCCCACAUCGUGCCCAGACAACCUACCUGGCCCUGCAAGUUACUUGGGGCAAGUGACAGGGCGCCCGGUUGCUCUGCCUCAGGAUCUCGCUCCGCAAUCUUGCGGGACAAUGUUCGGAGGCAGAGGUAGACCACCCUCCUGGCCAACCAAAGGGACGCCCGUUUCUGAGGCGUCCGCCGCCGACCUCAUCUGCAAACCAAAACCUUACUUUAUUAGGUGGCGUUUCGGAGAAAAAAUAAUUAAGGUUUUGGUUUGGAGAUGAGGUCGGAAGCCCGGUUUUCCCGGGGCUUCCCCCGAGCUAGUACGGUAUGUCUUUGUCGUCAAAUCGGCCACCCGGGUGUGCGGGUCUAGGCAUGGCCAACAUCCGCCGCCGGAGAUUGACUGGGCAAAAUCCCGGCCACAACAAGAGGGCUGCUUUCCGGGGCUGCUUUCGGAGCUCGUGUUGAAAGCAAAAACUUAUUUUAUUAGCUCGUGUUUCGGAAGAAAAAAAACUAAGUUUUUGAUUUGAAAUGAGCUCGUUAUACCCAGCCGACAAAAGUCGGCCUCUCUUUUUGAGGUCAAGUUCCUACGGGCCGGCCAUGGCCAGCCUCCAGCCACUGCGAGUGGCCCAGCAGGAAGUGGACCGCAAAAAGAGAGGGCGAUCUUUGAGGUUGGGUUGUCGACCUCAUCUCCAAACCUAAACCUUAGUUUUUUUUUGUCCGAAACGCGACCUAAUAAAAUAAGGCUUUGGCUUGAAGAUGAGGUCGACGGCGGACACCUCAGAGCCAAGCAUCUCUGUGGCUGGCCAGGAAGGUGAUCUACCUCUGCCUCCGCACGUCGCCGCGCAAGAUUGCGGAGCGAGAUCCGGAGGCAGAAAAGACGGGCGCCCUGCCAUAUGCUCCAAGUAACUUGCAGGGCCAGGUAGGUUGUCUGGGCACGAUGUGGGCGAACAUACCGGCCCAGAACAGCUCCACACUUUCAGCCACAAAAAGGAGGGCAAAGCGAAAGCAAAAACUUAUUUUAUUAGCUCGGGGGAAGCUCCCGAAAAAAAUAAGUUUUUGCUUCGAUUGCGGUGAGCCUUUUCGGAGCAAAACCCUGACCAAAACCCUGCCGCUUUGGCGGCAGCCAUCACAGGGACAGGCAUAUCCGUCGUUGGCCGUUAAGGUGCUCUGCCUCUGCCUCCUCCCGUUGUCCCGCAAGAUUGUGGAACGAGAUCCGGGGGCAGAGAAGCCGGGCGCCCUGCCAGUUGCUCCAGGUGGCUUGCACGACGAAGCAGGCCGCCUCGACACGAUAUGGGCGAGCAUAUCGGCGCAGCUCGGCUCCGCACUUUCGGCCACAAGAUGAAGCACAAAGCGAAAGCAAAAGCUUACUUUUCUAGAUCGGGGGAAGCUCCCGGGAAAAGUAAGUCUUUGCGUCCAUGUCCGUGAGCCUCUUCUGAGCAAAACCCUGGCCAAAACCUUGCCGCUUUGGCGGCAGCCACUACAGGGACAAGCAUCUCUGUGGCUGGCCAGGAAGGUGCUCUACCUUUGCCUCCGGACGGCGUCCCGCAAGAUUGCGGAACGAGAUGCGGGGGCAGAGAAGCCGGGCGCCCUGCCAUUUGCUCCAGGGAACUCGCAGGAAAAGGCAGGCCGCCAGGCCAAGAUAUGGGCGCCCGUGUCGGCCCAGUUUAGGCCACCAAGUUCGGCCGAAAGGGGGGGGCCAGGGCAAGGGCAAAGGCGCAAGCGUUAGUCUGGGGAAAGCUCCCGGAAAAAGUCAGAACCUGCUUCCAUUUUGGUGCGCUUUUGUCAUGAAAAGGCCUAGCCGAGAACUUGCCGCCUUGGCGGCAACCGGGACCCGGCCAAACCUCCAGCCGGGCAAGCCCGCAGCUGCUCAGCCUCUUCCCCCGGACCCCGCUACGCGCCACCGCAGGAUGAGAUCUGGGGGCGGAGAAGCCAGGCCAGCAGCCCGGCGCCCCAAAUACCUCGCGGCGGAUGGCAUGCGUCUGGGGUUCUUCUGGGGAGGUGCCGAGGCUAAUAUCUUGGCCAGCAGUCCAGGUCAGCAGAAGCCGAGAAAAAUGCCGCCGCGGCUUCAUCGUAUUCACCCGGGGGAGAGGUUGGAAGCAGCAAGCGCGCGGCCUCCAUUUUGCCCGGCUUCUGCUGGUCUGGAUACCGGCCGAGAUGUUGACAUCGGCGCAGCGAGCUUUUUCGGCUGGAUGGUCUGCGCUUUCCUUUUCCAUUCAGAGCGAAGAGAAAAAAAAUGAAAAAUCGCAAAUCAAAACCUUGACCAAAACCUUAAUUCUUUCAACCCCUAAUAAUUGGGACUAUAGUACUCAGCAGACACUGAGUUGUCACGCGGGACCACCUAAGCUUCGUUCUGUGUUUGUCUAGCAGAUUUCUAUCUUGGCCGUGGGGUGAACGCAUUUUCACUCAGGAUACGCGGGCAGAAAAAAUCAUGCGCGUCUAUGAUGGCGAUUGCGCUGCCGUCGACGGACGUUACUACGCCAAGCCGAACGGAUAUGGAUGUGUCAGGAUCGAAAUCGACAAAAUCGAAAAAUUUGUAAUGCAUAAAACGUAGGGCACUCGAUGCCUGUAAUGGGGAGCAGGCGAAUGAGAUCGAUUGCAAGCCUGUCUAGGAAUAUGCAAUGCGCUGCCAGAGUAGCAUGGCAGGAGCAGUCUUCUUUGCCCAAACAGCAUGACAGACCGGAUUUGGGUGCUCCCGAAAUUUGUCAUGCGUCACUUACAAACUGAGGCGCCUGGUAUCGAUGUUAUGCAUCACAAAUUUUUCGACUUUGUAAAUUUCGACUCUGACACUUCCAUAACGGAGACGAGCCAUGCACGGGCUGGAACGGGUACGCGAAAGGGUUUGCCAUGCCGGCGAGGAAUGUCGACGAGGAGAAAAAUGAUGCCGAAAGUCCCUUUGCGUCGUGUAAAAAAAUCGAUGAACAUGCGAUCAGUGAAGACAUUAGAUCCUUUAUAGGUCGGUGCAGAGGCAACACGAUGAAAUUUCGCUACAAGAACUUCGAUGACUUUGACGUCGGCAGCCCAAGGUGGAGAUUCCAAGGUCGCCAUUGGACGAAUGCCAACGUUAUGUUCCUAAAGAAAUUAAUCAGGGAAGAAGAAGAAUCUGUUUUUUUCUGGAAAAAAGACCUCUUUGACUGGGACAGCGCGCGCGACAUGUUCUUAGUUUCCGCGAAAGCGAAAGAGGUCUCAUUUGAGAUGAGUUGCGACGAAUACGAUAAUGCAGGGAAAAAGGAAGGAAGUGAAGACGACUACUCUGUGACCGAGUGGCCGUCUUCUAAGGGGUUUUUCUCUGGCAACGACUGCGACCUGAUACGAAUCCGAUGGGACAAGAAGACGAAGGGAUUCCUCGGUGUAGCCACUGGUGGUGAGGUGCAGGUAGAGUCGUGGACAUGCCCGGACCUGAAGGAUUGUGGAAUUCCCCCGUAUUAAUAUAACAAAACGGAGCAACAAUAACAAAUGGGCAAGACGGAGUCAAGAUCAAGAGUUUUCACCUAGCCGGGACACUCGGUUGACGGACGAGCGGUUCUACUCUACUACAACCUUGUUUUCAGCCGGGAAAGAAAGAUGAAAAACACAGCCACACACACAGUAAGUUUUCUUUUCAAUUGAGUAUAUUUUUUUUUUCCCUUCAUCGCGAUACAACUAUAACAAUUACAAACAGAAAUUUAUGUCACUUCAGCAUCUCAUUUUCAUCAAUCAUGGCUUUAGCAUGCCUGUUUUACACGUGGCGUCGCAAAUGUUUUGCCAAACUCGAUGUGGAAAAUCUUAUCCCUCAGCACCAGCUUUUUCUUUCCGUCCCCAAAAAAUAGCAUAUCCUUUUUUUCCUUAUUUACCGGAGAUCUGAAGCACGCUUGAAAGAAGAAGAACAAGAAGAAGUUGCAGUAUUUCGCUGCUGUUUUAUAGGCACGGUCUUCUUUACUUACUUAUUUUAUUCGCUCUGAUAGCCUCGGGCGAGAUCCCCUUUGACGAAAAGGCAUCAUUUAGUCGGCUCUAGUGGUAAGAAAUA